ACAUACGAGCGACGUCUGUUACGUCUCUGCAAAGCCUUCCUAGUAGCCAGAUACUUCACCGAUUUGUUUGGUCGAGUAACUACAAUCAUGGGCAAUUGUGGUAGUUCCAUCGACUGUACUGCGUGCAUUAGAGACCGGUGGGGGACCAAAGGAUGGGAACCAAAGUGCCCAUCACAAAGAAAGGUCAAUGCAGACAUCGCAGGUAUUGGGAUCCUCGUAUCAUUCUACUUCAGCGCCUUGGCUGUCUUCGUGGUGGUGAUCCGGGGGUACCUAACCUCGACCUUGCCUUCGGGUCUGCUACAGUCAACUGAUCAGCAUGCAAUUACAAUACUGAAGGGCCCAUUCAGGCGAAAAGGGCGCCACGAUAGCGCGGAAAUUGCCAUAUUCAUACAGACGCCAAAACAACAAAGCCGCAGCCAUGUUCUUGUCAAAUUCAUCAAGAUGCUUAGCGACCAACAGCUUAUAACGGGAAUCUCAAUACUGAUUGCUGCGCUUUCAGGUAGAUGUGCUAUAUCUCAGAAUGAAUGGCAUAUCGUUACGUCGCUGGCUUAUUUUUCAGCUACGACGCACAGCUUGUCACUUGAUGUACUGCGAAAUCACCUAGCCCAUCACAGAUGGGUCAGGUAUUGUCGCGUAGCUUUCACGCUUGUGUUUCUGAUUCUGUUCACGUUCACCUUUCUCGUGGAUAAUCUCCGAGAGGGCUACAGCAGCAAAAUAGUCCAAUGCACGUUGGAGGAGUGGACAUCGGAUCCCGGGCUUAUGAGUGUCAUCCGGCUCGUAACCCAGAUUAUUCCUAUACUGACAAUCUUAUGGGGAAAACAUAUCUCGGCCAUAGCUCGACUAGCUGCUCCGGAAGUCGCUUACCAACGUCAUGUCACCGCUACCCUAAUGGAUCGCAUAUUCAUGUAUCUCUGGAGCCGAUCGAAACCCCCCUCCGAAAUGGAGUUGGCAAGCAUCAUCGCAGAUGCCCGUCUUGACUAUGAUACUAGAAUGAAACCACCGUGUGAUACGGCAAAGAUAUCUGUUUGGUAUUUUCUUGAGCAAUAUCAUGAAGCGUAUCUCUCUGAGAUCCCCGUGUGGGCUUUCCAAUUCGUUUUCGGGACGGCAAAUACGAUUUCUGCGGUAUUAGUAGCCGACGUCUACCCAUCGAGCGAUGCAGGGAUGCUUGGCUUUGGUCAAGUCGUUGCGAUCGGUUUGCUCGUUCUUCCAUUGCUUGCUCUAGUUGAAAUCAUAAACGAACAAACCGCGUUGGACAGCUCCCUUUCCUUAUCAACACAGGGUAGUUUGCACCAGAUCGAUAUCGCAAACACUUCAUCUCCGAACCUUACCGCAUCCGAGCCGCUGAUCGAGCCAUCCGUCCGCGUGCAGGGUGAUGGCGUGAGCGGGUCUGGUCACAUUGCGAAUUCGCUCCCAUCUAAGGCGGACAGGAAAGUCGCGACUCGAUCUUUGGUUCUUUGUGCAUCAUCUACAGCACUAAUGAUUUUCGUGGGGGGUGCGGAUUUCGUCCAGCUAUACAUGCUGCUGGGCAUCGUUCCAGCAUGGGCGCUAUCAAAACUGACCAUCGCUUUGAGACGUCAAAUUCACCAGGCUCGAUUCGUAUGGAAAGAGAUGAAAUCACGCAAGACUAAGAAAACUUCCUUACAGGCGUCUCCGAUGGCGCAUAGCACGUCUGGAGAUAGCACAUCGCACAACCCACCACGACUGCCUUCCCUGGAUAUGUCCGACAACCAGCGCGAAAAUGCACACAUCACUGCGACAGAAACGAGCCCGACAUUCGAACGACCUCGCAGGCAGGAUACUGAAGCUAGCCUUGGUUUGAACGCACUGUUCAACAGGCAAGACGGGAGUUCUUGAUCGCCAGGCGGCCCAAAAUAUGGGGUUUCUUUUAUCGCACGCAUGUUAGGCGGCCCUUGAACUAUAGUGAUGCGACGAUGGGUCUGGGGUACAUGCUGAACGUAGCGACCUGCAGUACCACCAUCACCCUCCGGUACAUCUCAGCCCAACCUGCACGGCUGAUCUCUAAUACCGCUCCCCGCCUUCACGAUCUUUUCAGUCGACUAUGUAGGCGCUUGCGGCCGACUUCUCAGCAUAUGCUUAGGGACUACAAUCAGACAAGGCUGAGUCAUAAUACAAUUCAUCAAUACACACCACCAAGCAUUAAAAGCUCUCAAGCA